AUGCACAAAAGUAGUAACACCCUUAACCUACAUGAUGAGUAUAAUUUACAAAGAGAGUUAGUAAAACUGCGAAAGGUUUUUAUAAAUGUAUUUACGUUUGAAUUAUUUUAUAUGAAAAACUUAAAAUUAAAAAAUAGCUAUGUAAAAAUAAUAAAACAUGAAAACAGAACAAAAAACUGCUUUAAUGAGUUAAAAAAAAAAGGAAAAAAAAUUAACAGCAAAUUUAGGAAAGAACAUUGCGUAAAACAAAACAAUCGUCAUGGCACUUUCGAAUUAAACAAAAAUGUGUGUUUUAUAGAAAAAGAGAUUUUAAAUAGAUCCUUCUUUAACAUAAAUAUUAAAAACUCCAAUUACGAUAUUAAGGAAAAAUAUCUGUAUCUUUAUGACUUGUUCAGGCGUUUUUGUUCAAUUAUUAGGAAAAGACGGAAAAAUGCACACAAUGAGGAAACUUUUUUUUUUGAUGCUUUUUUUAUUAAAAAAUUUUGCGCAUUUCUAAAUUCCCUUGUACUAGAUAGCAAGAAAAAUGUAUACAUUUAUUCUGUAAGAAGAAACAUACAAAAAUGUGUAUGUGUUAAUGAGAAAUGUGAGCGUGUUGGAGAGAAAAAAAAAAAAAAUAUAUAUAUGCCCGAAAGAUGGAGGCAUUAUGAUGUCUAUCUUAGUAACAAAAAAAAGGACGUUACUAAUGAAAUUAAUAAAAAAGGAAUAAUCUUUUUGAAUGCAAUAUAUUGUGUUUAUAAGUUUACUUCAUGUAAUUUUUCCAUUGAUAGAAAAAGGAGUAAGCAAUGUAGUACACCUUUCAAAUGUAACAAUAGCAAAUAUAAUAUGUUGAAAGUUGAUGUAAUACGUGUAAAUUACAUUAUUAAAAAGCUUAUUUAUAACGAUUUUUACUUUAACAUUUUUAAUUCUAUAUAUUACUCAAUAAUAAAUAAAAACACGAUGAUUAUGACUGAUUCGUUGUGCUCGUCCUCUACGUUUUGCAGUUGUGAGAAUAUGAAAAAAGCUGAAGACAUGAAUACAGAAAAUCACUGCUCAAACGGAAAAGAAGUUUUAAAUGAUGAGCAUUAUAUUUACUAUUUUUUUAUUUGUAUUAAAAUACUUUUUAACUCUUUUAAUAAUUUUCCUAAAUAUAAGGAAAAAAAAAAAUUAAUUAGCGAUAAUUUCUUUCUAUUUAAAAAGUUGAAAACGCUAUUAAAAGAAAAUGUGCAAAACGUUUUAUACAUAACUGUAGUAAAUAUAGAGAGGAUAUACACUCAGUUGUCACUUAGGUAUAUAUUCAACUUAUUUCUUUUUUAUUUUGCAUUUUUAGACAUCAAUUUUUAUGUUUGUGUUUCUUUGGUUUCUAAACAGUGUAGUUUAACGCCUGAAGAGCGGCAAUUUUGUAGGUUUUUCAAAAAGGGAAAGGAGCUCAGGAAUCCAUUCCGAAGUAAAUAUGACUGUUUUGGUGUACCUAACGAUGUUAGCGUAGGGGUCCUUAGUGGGGAUAGCAUUAGCGUGGAUGGCCUUAGCGGGAAUAACAUUAGCUUGGAUGGCCUUAGCGGGAAUAACAUUAGCUUGGAUGGCCUUAGCGGGAAUAACAUUAUCGUGAAUGGCCUUAGCGGGAAUAACAUUAUCGUGGGUGGUGGUAGUGAAAAGUGGGAGACGACACCUUGUACCGUGAGCUCUCCUAAUAACGUGCUAAUUUCUCAUAUCAUGUGCUUCUUCUGCUCAUAUGAUUUGUUGAAAAAGGAAAAUUUAAAUGCACGAGAAAAAAAGAAAUAUUUCAUUUUUGUCAUAUUAUAUAUUCUGUAUCACAACUAUAUAAGCGUUAUUAAAAAGGAGGAAAAAGAAGAAAGGCGUGAAUCCUUUUUAAGCUAUUAUUUUGAGAAAUAUAUGAAAAAAAAAAUUUUUUUUAAAAAAUAUAAUUUUUCAUAUUCAAAAUUUGGUAAAAAAGCAAAAAGUGGUGUACACCAUGAACAUUGCAGAAGUUGCUAUUUUAGUAAAUGUCAAAAAAAAAUUCAAAAUAAUUUCGCACGUUGCUUUAAAAAGAUGAAUAAUAAAUGUGUUUAUAUAAAACAUUUUGAUAGUAUAUUAAAGACAGAGAAGACAAGGAAGCCAGAUUGCAUAGCACAUACAGCAAGCAUGUCUCAUAUAGAGGAGCACUUAAAUAGUAGCGGUGCUAUAUCGAAUGGAAAUUCUCAAAUUAGCAAAAUAGCAGUUCGAGUCUACAAACGAAAUGAAGAAAAAAAAGUACUGAAAGAAAGUCAACUGUCUGAUGACUUACGACUCAUUUCAUAUGAGGAAAAUGUGAAUAUAAGUACAUGUAAUUACUGCAGUAAUAGCAUAUGUAGCGGUUGUAUAAGUAAUCCAAGAGUCGUAUAUGGAGGAGGAAUAAAUAACUCGUAUUAUAAGAGGAUAACAUGUAAAGGAAAAAAGUUGUAUUGGGGAAAUUAUUCAUAUAGUAAAUUUUACGAAUUGAACUGGGCAAAAAUUAUAGAUGUAGAUGAAAAAGUAAUGGAACUCACAAGCAUAGUGGACGAGAAGUGGGCACAUAACAACAAUGACAAUAAUUCAUAUGAUUAUAUAAAUGAAAAAAUAAAAAUUUUUUUGGAAAAUUUGAAAACCUUUUUGUUUCCAUUAUUAAAGAAGGUGUACAACACAAGUGUUGUGUAUAUAAAUGUGUACAUUUAUUUAUUUAUGGUUCAUUCUUUUCAUUUGUUAGAGAAAAAGAAGAAAGUUGAACAUAAUGAAGAAUUGAAAAGAGAGAAGAUAUUAAUUAAUAAAGGAACAUAUCUUUUCCUUAACCAAUUAAGCAAUAAUUUUUGUAAAAAAAAACAACAUAUUUGUUGGGAAAAAAAGGACCUGACAUGUUCAGGUAAUUUUAUCACAAAAUUGACCUUAUACAUAUAUUGCAAAUUGUUAGGUUUUUUACACAGUAGUAACAAAAAAAGGGUAAUUUUAAGUACUGGGGAAAAUAAAAAAAAAAAAUUUUACUUAAAUAGUAAUAUAUAUAAUUUUAAGAUAUGGCCUAUUCGACUAUUAUGCAAGCUGCUUAACUCUGUGGAUGUAUAUGCAUAUGCGUACAAGGAAAGUAAGGGGGAAAAAUGUUUUCCCCUAAUAGGUGACAAAGAGAUCAGUUGCGUUAGAAGCACUUGUAAUAAGUGCUUAUCCUGCACAAGUUGUAAUGCUUUUUCUUGCUGUAUCUACUGUGAUAACUGCAUGGAAGGAUUAUUUACCCGAUUUUAUUCUCUGUAUAUAAAAAAAGGGGAAAAUCUUUCAAUACAAAAUAGAAAGAAUAUAUUGAAAAGAAAAAGACUGCAGAGAUACAUAUGUAAAUUAUCGAGUAAGAAUACAACUGCAAAGAGAAAAACAAAAGCAGGGUCAGACAAUCUGAUAGGUAAGUACAUAACACUACUAUACAGUAAUGUGAACGCAUUAUUUCCUAGUAUUUAUGUAUAUGUAAAUGAAGAGGACUUUUAUGUACAAAUGAAAAAAAAUUUUAUUAUUUUUAACCUCAGAAUGGGGGGAAGAACAGGAUGUGAAAGUGUAAAUGGAAGUGGAAGACAUAAUGUUAACUUAGGUAAUGUUUACUAUUUACUGAACGGAAAGAAAUAUUUCGUUUUCGAGAAAUCAUAUAUAUUAAAAAAAACAUAUAAAAUAAAUUAUGUUAAUAUAUGCUUACUAUUUUAUAGACAUUGCUUUUUCUUUUAUAAUUAUAACCCUUUUAUUUUUACCUAUCUCUUCAAUAAUAUAUACUGUAUAUGUAUAAAAUGCUUAAGUAAAUAUUUAAUUGUAAAUGAUUGUAAGAAAAAGAUAAUUAGAGAGGUAAAUCAUGACUGCUUUUACAAACAAAAUGGUAUCCUCAUAAAAAAUAGGAAUAAUGUUCUCAUACGUAAUUUCUAUUUUUUUGUUUUCUUUCUGCUAAUACGUUAUCAUACUUUGAUAGGAAAUGUUAAUCACGCAGGUUUGCAGAGCUGCGUACCUAUGAGGAUAAUGCGAAUGCUGCGAAAAAAAAUGGAAAUAAAAAGAGAAUGUUUUUCUUCCCCUUUUAAUGCUGUUUUAAAGAAAUAUUGUUCAUUUUUUUCCGAUAUUGAUAUAUUUUUUGGUAGCUCAGGGGAUUUCUUUAAAUUACAUUUGCGUAGCGGGGCGUAUGAAGUCAAUCCUCCUUUCGACAUUUCUUUGAUUAAUAAGUUAAUAAUAUACAUUUUAUGCAAUUUAAAAAAGGAAGAACAGGAAUUAACUUUUUUUUUGAUUAUUCCAUUUCUCAAAGACAAGAAUUAUUUUUAUGAGUUAUUAUUUUCCUCUCCAUAUGUAAUCAGUUGCUUCUUAUUAAAACGAAAUUUCUACACAUUUUCAACAAGACUAUUUGAAAGCAGGGAAGAAGAAUACAUAUCAACUUGUGACUGCUUUGUUUUUAUUUUGCAAAAUGAAAAAGCUAAAUUUCAAAAAAGGAUUAGUAAAAAGACUGUAUUGAAAAUAAAGAGGUUAUGGGAAAAUUUAAGACAUAUUUAA